AUGGACACCUCGCGGUAUAUACAAUCCUGUAAUCCAGCACGUUUCGUUGUUACUUUUGCUCUAUUGAUAUUUUCAAUUUUAUUCGCAUUGAAACUCGAUGGAUAUAUCAGUAUUAGUUAUUGGCUUAUUUUCUUACCAUUAUUUAUAUGGAAAAUGCUCGUGGUUAUUGGUGCCUGCACAGGCGUCUUUUUCUGGUGUAAAAAUGGCGACAGAGAUAGGAUCAUUCGCGCACCAGAUAAUGAUUGUCGAGCAUUAAUUAUUUAUUUUUUUCUUCAUAUAUUUAUAUUUACAUUUGAAAUAUUGACAUGUGACAAGUUAGAGAAUAAUUUAGAAAUUCGCUGGAUUGUAUGUUGUAUUCCAUUAUAUCUAUGUACAUUUUUAACUUUUCUAUCAUGCUUAUGGUCAUUAAAAGUUCAACGAAAUUUUCUCAUUCAAGCUUUUAUCUCAGCUAAUGGACUUUUCUUUUUGUUUUUUCCACUUCGUUUAGAUUCUUCAAUAACAUGGCGAUAUGUUGUUGUAUUUAUUCCAGUAUGGAUUUCUUUAUGUAUUGCUUUAUUAUUUGUUAUUUCAAAAUUAAUACUUGCUAUUGUCCAUCGUUGUUCUCGUCGUUUAAUAGCUAAUCAACGUGAAUCGAGUACUAUAACAGAAGCCAUUAUCUAUGGAAUUAUGUUCAUUCCAUUCGCCAUAUUUGCGAUUUUGCUUGUCGAUCGACUUGACCUUGAAGAAACUGAAUCAAUUGGAAAAGUCUCCUUCACUGUGAUAGCUAUUCCAUUAUGGGUUACUUUAAUAGCUUGGCUAACCUUUUCAUUUGGCGCUACCGAUAGUAAUCCAUGGUGGUUUGGCCUACGACUUGAUUUAUGCGAGAUUAUACUUGGUCAAUGUUCAUUUAUAACACUUUAUUUUAAUAAUAAAUUUAAAUUUGAACCACGUCCAUCAACAACAGUACCAACGAAUGAUAUCGUUAUUGAUAUGACAACAGCAAAUAUCAAUAAAAAUGCUGGAUCGAUUCAAAUGAAAAAGUUAUUAUCAACAAAUAUAAGCAUCGAAAAAAAUCGCGCCGUACAAUCUAAUUUUAUGUCACUUUUAGAACCUGAUUAA